CUGCAUCUAUAAGGUAUUAUGGGAAUUUUCUGUCGGCACUGCUGUUCUUACGACCAACGGGAGAACCUACAAAUAGCUCCGUACAACCAUGUCGGCGGGAUACCGAUCUGGAAACAUGCCUGGCGAAGUCUUAUUUCAGUGGUUUUCUUGCUGCGUAAACCAACGUACCCAACAGGGCAAGCGCCACGUGAGUCGAGUACGCAUUGAUCGGUCUAUGAUUGGAGCCCCCACAAAUUUUCGGCAUACCGGUCACAUAGGUUCAUCCGAUGUCGAAAUGGGAUCGUCCAGAUUGCAUGCCAUUCACGGACAGAUGCAAUCCAAAGGCGGUUAUGAAGCUACCAUUGAAGCUAAUUGAACUUGCCAUAAAUCAAUCGAGAUGAGAACUGUGAUCGGAAAACUCUCUUCAUGAACCUAACACUAUCUUGGGACUGUUAUUCCAUAUUUUUCUUACUGCAGUCGCCAGUGUGUGGAGGAGAUCCGUCGUCGUAGUUUUAUAGACUAGUGUUUAUAUACAUUCUUUAUUAUUAUAAUAAAUAACUAUUAUUUUUUACUUUAUUUUUAAAAUUUUAUUUAAUUCGUCAAGUAUAGUCAUGGCCACCUUUUAGUUCGUGACAGUCAAACUUGAUAAAUGUCUUAUACUAGUCUGGUUUUAUUUAUAUGAAUGUUUUUACUUAUUAUUUUUUUUUAUUUGUAUAAAAUAAGUUUUGAAAUUAGUCGCGAUGUCUUUAUAAUCUCUCUUUAGUCUUUACAGCAUGCCAAUUUUUAUUAAUUUUCAUGUUACAAUAAUAUGUUAUAUUAUGUUGUUGCCAUUGUGAAAUAAUAAUAAUUAUAUGACGAUGAUAUGAUGAAAAUCAAAACGAUUAUAUGAUAAUUUGUAGUUUAAAAUGCUAUACUCAUGAGUAUAGCAUAGCAUUACCUCGAAAACACCGAUAAACCUAUCAGAAUCUUUAUUAUAACUACAAAUAGAUGUUUUUUACUAUAUUAUAUACCGUUUUAAAGAAGACAAUACAGAUUGCUACUUAUUACCUACUAUAUAAUUACUAAAUUUUGUGUAUUGUUUGUAUUGUCUAAAAGUAUGUAAAAUCAAUACUUUGUGUUGUAACUCCUUACGAUUUAAGCUAGUUUUAAGAAUUGUUUAAUCAGAUAUAUUGCAUUUAAAUGACCAUCUAUUUAUAAUACAUGUACUAGUUUUAGAUAUUUGAAAAUGUAAACACGUACACUGCCUAAAUAUUGUGAGCUCAAAGUGUGUAUGUUCUACUGUACAUUUUUAUAUGUUUCAAGUAAGUUUAUAAUAUAAUGUUCAUAUUUUAAAACAAAACUGCUGAAGUGUAUCUUAGAAUAUAGCAUUAUGUAUUAAUAUGUAACGCACAAUAAACUAUGAACUUUUUA